ACCGACGACUUCCACGCUGAAGCAUUCGCGGCGGAGCAGAACAACCGACUGUUCGAGGCGCUCAGAGCGCACCAGUUGCGCACCGUGAACAUCGUACCAUCGCUACGCAGUGGUGAUUCGAAACGCGCCGUUUAGCCGACUCAUUUUCUGGUGCACUGUGGCCUGGGUCACAUUCCACGAGCGCGCGCCGAUCCCGAGGCCCCGUGCCAACCCUAUGCUGCAUGGCUUCCCACGCCUGUGGCCAGGACGAUGUUUGUCCUGCGCCCGCCAGGUGCUGAUGGCGAAGAACUGCCCAAGCUGUUCUCCUGCAAGCACGGGCCCAAUGCAUGCGCCUUUCGCUGUGCGGUGUGUUUGUGUUUUCGUGUAACUACAACUGACCUCGGAACAAUGUCCGUCAGGCCCCAGGCACCUAGUGCACGCGUUUCCAGCCUCCGUUGGUCACUGGUUGUCUUCGGGUGACGGCACUUGCGUCGACAACCCUGAGCGGGGGACAGAGCACUGAAACCCAGACGCAACGCGGUGCAGGACCCCGAUGUCGGUGCUCAAAUGCCAUUGAACUCCGCAAGCGGUUCCCGCAGAAAAACUGCAGGAUCGGUUCCUCGAGCCGAGGGCGCAAAGCUCAGCGCUAUGCCGCAAUGAAGGCGCCUCGUAGAGCCACACUUGCAGUUAGAGUGCCGACUCCAAAGUGUUUAUUGCAGGGGAUGAGACGCACACAAGACUAAGUGUGAGCUGCCAAUAGGUGGUUCGCCGACGAGUCGCAGAUGCCAGAAUAUCUGUUGGCAGCCGGGUUGACUAGGGACACACUUGCGGUGCUCGAAGUUGAGCUGUAGAUACGAUACAGUGCCUGUGACGUGCUCCGGGGACAUCCGAGCUGUGCCGUGAGCCGAGGUUCUCCGAUGUGAAGCAGCCAUGUAAUGUGAAUUUUGAAAAGUGCCAUAUGAUAGUCUGUAUAUCAUCUAUAAUAAUUGUUCUAUAAAUAUAUCUAACAUGCAAACGGCUUAUAAAGCGGUCUUUCUUGCGCCUGGUCACAGGAGUACACCUCGGAGAUGCGCAAUCUCUCAGGCUCAACCGGGCUCUGCAAGGAAAGAAAUGACAUAUGAAAAGAGCUUAGUAGAUGCUAAAUAUUUAGAAAAAAUAUCGUUACAAUGAUUGGGCAGCAAUAAAAGAAGUGGAGACCGCCGAUAUGCCGAUAUGCCGCCUCCUGAGGAAGAACAAACAAAUGAGAAGGAACGCUCCGAUCUAGAGAUGAUUAAACAACUUCAAAUAAUACAAAGUCGAUUACUUUGUCAGACCCAUUACGUUAGCAUGACCGACAUUGAUGCAAGUGCUCAACAGCAACAACAUCUCCAAAACGUGCAGAGGUUGCAACACGAAAACUGCCUUCAGGAGUUACACAAUCAACUGAACAGCCAGUUCGGGGCAGCUCGAUUUGCGGCCCCAAAUCCUCACCAGGCAGUUUCAAUUACUUCCGGAAACUUGGUUCCAUUUCUUCCGGCCUUCCUACAGCCCCCGAUGCCUGCUCAACAACUUUUGCAGUUGAUUCCCGGCCAUGCGGGUCCCCAAACUGUCGCCCACCACGGUCACCCGCAAACUGACUCAUCCAGCGCACACAAAAUGGCUCUAGCUCCUAUGUGGUCCACUGCGGCGGUGGCGGCUGCGCACAUUCAGGCCGCUCUGGCGGCUGCAGCGGUAGCGGCUGCAAGUAAUAGUAAUUUUUCCAGCAACAACAACGUGCUGGCUUCAUCGACUAGUGUUAAUGAGCCAUCGAGCACAGACUCCUCCGCAUCUGUACCAUUAAUGGAGAUCGGAGAAAUGAGAAGAGGCGGAAUUGGAGGAGCCAGCUUGUCAAGGCCAGAGUCCCCGGGUUACGAAAAUCCACCUUACUCAAUCCUCUCUUAUAGCCACAACACACCUCCGGAAUCGCCGCAUGGUCGAACAGCUGAAUGUUCCAAGAACUUUGCACCUUCGCCGGCGGACAAUCACAGCAUGGCAAGCCUAUCCGAAGCCCAAGACUCGGAAAUGGAUGCACCAUUGAAUCUCAGCAAGCCAAAGGGAUCGCCCAGUUCUUCGCCAAACAGCUCUUCUCAAAAGGACCACAGUGAAAGCCUUGCUCCUGUGGUGUCCAGUCCACCCCUAAGCUGGCAUCAAGGGCAAAAACAUUAUGCCGAGAUAGAAUCGCCUCUUUUAAAGAGUCAUGGAAGAUUAUGGAACUCAACAGUCGUCGGUUCUGGGGGAUCACGUGCAACGCGCAUGAGUCGCGACUCGUUAAACAGCUGUGGCACAAAUUCAGAACGAUCUGCUGCCCUGGAACGUGAAGGCAACAACGCAAGUCAACUUGGCCCUGUACCUCGGUCGCCGUCAUCUCACCCACUGAGGCAAGGCAAUGGUCAUGGGCAUGGACACGGCCAUAGCCACGGGCACGGACACAGCAAGCCCCAUAUUAAAAGACCCAUGAAUGCAUUCAUGGUGUGGGCAAAGGAUGAGCGAAGAAAGAUAUUGAAGGCAUGCCCAGAUAUGCACAACUCGAAUAUAUCAAAAAUUCUGGGUGCUCGCUGGAAGGCAAUGUCUAAUGCCGACAAACAGCCAUAUUACGAAGAACAGUCAAGGCUUUCGAAGCUUCACAUGGAGCAGCAUCCCGAUUACCGCUACAGACCACGGCCGAAGCGCACCUGUAUUGUGGAUGGCAAAAAGAUGCGUAUUUCCGAGUAUAAAGUCCUGAUGCGUAAUCGGCGGGCUGAGAUGAGACAGCUAUGGUGCCGGACAAGCGGAGUCAGUGGUAGCUCGGGAAGUGCCUGCGCCGAUGCCUGUCCAAAGGGACACCCCGGCGGAUCAAAUGCCCAGGCAGCAGUCGCAGCCGCUGCAGCUGUGUACCACUUGCAGGAUAUGGCAUCUGCAGCAGCGUCCACCGUUCAUGGCAAUGACUGUGGGCACACACCCCCCCAACAGUUCUUCUAUCCUCCAGAAAGCUUGUCACCGUCUGGUUUUUCAUCCGACGAAGGAGAAUUGCCGUCUCAGCGUGAGCUGGACGACUAAGAUGGCGAUUACCAACAGCCAAAACCGGGAUAGUGACAAUUCUGACAAGACGUACAAGUUGACCUUAUAGAAAGGGAGGCAAAUAUCAAGUAUAAUCAGCUUUGUAAAUACAAAACGGAUAGGAUAGUCACUGUUUGAUUUAGCUAUAUAAGUUUCAGUUCAAGUGCCAUUACACUCGUAUAAAUAUAGAUAAUUUGUGAAACCAUAGUUAACAAGACAUUCGGUCUUGGGAACCUUGCAAUUUUUGUGCCAUUUACGCACCAAUGCUGUAGAAAUAAAAACUUAAUCCAGUUAAGACGUACUCAAAUAGAUAGUUAGUAUCGUUUAAUAUUUGUAAAAUAUAUACACUUAAUUAAAUUCAUAUGUAAAUGUCAAAUUUGUAUGCGUCCAAAUACUCGAACGUAGUGUAAUAGAAGCCACUAAAAUACAUAAGAACACAUAGUAAUUCACUUAAUCGUAUAUUUUCAUAAUUGCUUUCGAGUUAAUUAUUUAAAUGACUUGGUGUAUAUUAAGUAAACACAUCGCUAUGUUGUUAUUAUAACUUAAUAGUAUUCCUAUUCCGGCAGUAGGCCGUUCUUUCAUAUUGCUGGUGUUUAAUAUGCUGGUGAUCUUGAAUAAAUAUUUUCAAAAUAACAUUUACAAAAUUUAUCGUCAAACUGUACAAUCAGUCAAAACAUUACUCCCCACUAACCUAAUUAACUUUUAAACUGUACAAUCGAAUCAAAAUGCGAGUGCUCUGAAAUAUAAAUUUAAAUCUAAUUGGAAGCGAUUGUAUUCUAGCAGAAUGUAAUGUUGAGGGGAAAAUAUGUACAUUAGGCCGGUCCAAAAAAUUAAAUCAUGUUCUCAGCCCUUCAUUUGUAUUUAAAAACAAAAAUGUUGUUGAAUGAAACGUCCUCAAAGUUGUAUUUAAAAUUACUACUAUUAGGCAAUUACCCCCAACUCUAAUUCAAGUUUCUCAGGCAAUGUUAAUAAAAAGUAGACGAAAAUUACCGAAAUAUAUUCGGUGGUAAAAAUUCAACUAAAACCAUGUCAAAACCACCUAUUUGAAAGUUAUAAAUUUGAUCAACGGCAAUAGUGCGAAUAAGCUCUAAACUUUUUUAACAACAAAUGUGGACCGCCCUAGUGUACAUUAGUAUGAAUGUCAAAAAACACGAAUACGAAUUAAUAAAGCUUACGGGCUGGAAUGAGUAAUAAGGCUUAGCACAUAUAACAAGUAUUCAAUUGUAAUACAAUAUGUGUAACAAUUGUAAACUUUGUAAGUUUGCCAGAAUUAAAUGUAAAAAAAAAUGCAAGCUUUCUAUUUUUGGUUUUUUUUCUCUGUAACGAAAAAGGAGUUGCCCAAAAUAAAAUUCACAUAUACAACCGGG